ACAGCACCACAGACCACAACGUCGGCCAACAUGAUCAAGUUCGCAGCUCUGCUGGUUCUCGGGGCGCAGCUCUGCUUGGCUCAACAGUACCCGAGGUUCGUCAAGUUCCCCGUUGGAAAAGGUGAUAAGUGCCAAGACUACCAGAUCGGCAAGAGAUUCCCCGUGGGUGCUGUGUGGAGCAGCCGUAACUCGGGCUGCAAGCAGAGCCACUGCAUCAAGGAGAACGGUACUCUCUACAUCGACCGCUUCCGGUGCCCCCAGGUGGGCAGGCGGGUGGACUUCCAGAAGCUGAAGGCGGACAAUCUGUUCUGCAGAGAGGCCGUGGGAGACCGCAGGAAGGCAUUUCCAGACUGCUGUCCCCGCCUUGUGUGCAAACACUACGUUAGGGGCAAGCUGGUUGCUCUUCCUGAAGAGAAGUACCCUUUUCUCUGAACGCAGUUGAUUGUGUGCGGUAACAUUGAAAUAACGACUUGAUUGUGAUAAGAUGGUGAUAGUUCCACCCGCCCAAGACAGUCGCAGACCUGUUAAGUUAUAGCCACGACUAGUUUCUUCACGAAACAGUAGUUUUGUGGAACGGUACCACCAGUGCCUGUAGCGCAGCUUUGUGGCGCUUUGUUUUGUUAACAGCUUCCGUGGCAAGUGCAUAUGUUAACUCACCAAACCAUCUGCAAUUUAAGCACUGUUCAUCCCUGACGUUCAUGACAUAAUGGUUUUGAGCAUGCUUAUGCAGAGUGUUAUGUAGCUGUCAUCUCCUGAUAACACAUUUGUCGGAAAUACCAUUUGCUUCGAGUCACAAAACUACUUGCUAAGAACGAGCGUACUGUCGGCUCUGCAAGCGUGAUUUUACCCGCUGGACAAUGACUUGAAGUGAAGAAAACCUGAAAAUAAAGCUUCCGUUUGAAA